AUGUACCAAAAUCAACAACAGCCAGAUUUGAAACUGGCAUACGAAAGAUAUCUUUUGGCUGAAAAGGCACGCAACAAACUGAUACGAUGCGCACACAGCGGGAAAGGCGGGGAUCUGAAUCUAAGAAUUCUGGUCGGCCACGCUAAUUUGUUGGACCGACUGGCUCUGGAAGAACAUCGCGACGAGUUGGGAAACGACGCUCAAAGCGACACUGGGGUCUACAAUUCGGUGGUCUCCGAGGAUUUUUUAUCAGAUUCUGAGUCGGACUCGGGGGAGUCAGACGUGGACUCGUACUCGUACUCGUACUCGGACUCGGACUCGGACGAGUACUCACAGCCGGACGAGUACUGCUACGAUGCCAGCGAGACACCGGCGGUGACGCUCUACGAGGUGGGCAAACACGUCUACCGUCGUCACCACACCCAACAGGACCGUCACUUGGGCGUGCAAGGUGUGACAACCACGACCGUGACACUUGUCAACGACAAGGGCGACGAGAGUGAGGAAAACGAAGAGGGCGACGCAGACGACGAGACAGAGUUGUAUCGCGACAGCUGUAGAAACCUGUCGACCUACGAGAAAUGUGUUCCUGCCAUACCCAUGAUCUGCUGA